AUGCCUCGCCUAACCAGAAACCCCGCCAAAAACGGCCCUGGGCCAUUCGACUUCCUCGGCAUUGCCAUCGCAAACGGAAACGUCAAGUACGACAUUCCCGAGCAGUACCAACACCUAUUGCCCCAAAACGCCAACAACAACAACAACAACAACAACAACAACAACAAUACAGUCGCAGCCGCCACUCCAGAACCGCUUUCUUUCCACUCAUCCGCAAAGGGCACCCACGUAACCAAAGGCAACAAGAAAACCGCUGCCAUUGCCGAGAGAGCAAACAAGAUCGCUGUGGCGGCUGCUGGACACGCUGAUAGUGCCAGGGUCACGCAGGCUAUUACUGCUAGGCAAGCGAAGGGCGGUGGAGUGGAUAUUGAUAUUGUGAUGCCUCUUGUUGAGGAUGGGCCUACUGGGCCUGCUGAGCCUGCUGAGCAAGCGGGGAAGAAGGGUGCUGCUGAGAAAACGGUAGAGAGGAACAAGAAGAGGAAGUUGGAGGUAAUUGACAAAGAGGAGCACGACGAAGAAGACAGUGAGGAGGAAAAGGGAGAGGAAGAUGAUGAGGAAUAUAACCCUACUGGCAAGCCACCGGCUAAGAAGAAGCAGAGGAGGACUGCAAAGGCUCCUCUGAAGAAAGUUACUUCUUCUAGGAAGCAACAGAAGGUGACUAAGACUUCUGCCGCUGCUGCUGCGAAGUCUGUGAAGGCUGUGAAGAAGGCUGCUGUGAGGGGUGGAAAGAGCAAGGCUGUGGAUGAGCAGGUUGAGAAGCAUGAGAGGAGGCAUGGGAAGGAGGAAAGGGAGAUGAAGCAGGCGGUGGAGAAGCACGAGAAGAAGAUUGAGAAGGAGAAGCUUGAGAAAGAAGUCGAGAAGAUUGUCGAGGUUGAAGUGGCUGUGGUUGCUGUAGUGGAGGAGGGUAAUGGAGGUAAGAAGGAUGGGGAGGAUAAGGAGGAGCCUGUGGAGGAAGAGGGAGGUGAGGAGGAGGGGGAGGAGGAUUAUGAGCAGCAGGAUCGCAAUCCUGACGCUGAGCCCGAGGAGUGA